GGGGCGGAGCCAAUCCGCUGCGCGUGCGCCCUGGGCCCCGCUCCUGGGCGUUCCCACUACAAUCCCCAGGAUGCGUCGGGGCCGGCCAACCCUUCCGAAACAGACCAAUCGGCAUCGGCGCAGCGGGUCGCCUCAUUUAAAUGCUUGGCGGGUAUCCGGGCCUGCUCGUCGCUGGCCGCUCGGGCUGAGGGACUUCCUCAGCUGCGUCCGUGGACCCAGGGCACGGCGGCGACCUGUCUCGUUCUGGCCGGCGGGCGAAGCGCAGAUGGCUGUCCCUGAGGAGGAAGCUUCUCUGGCAAGAGCCAGCGAUGUCAUUAGCCUCUUGGGUGUCCUCGCAGAGUAACUUAUGCUCGAGCAAGCCAGGCUGUCUACGAUUUCGGCUGCCUCCCCGUUUCCUGGUUUGACCUCCUCACACUCAGCAUGUGCCCCAUGAUGAUUUUGCUGCUGCAUUCUUUGGUCUCACUGGACCGCCCCAGGUACUGCCGGCUCUUCUUCUCAGGCUGCCCAUAUAGCAUGUCGGUGAAGAACUCGGGCUCAUCUUUGGCCGUCGAUUUGGGGGUCAUUAAGCCACACAUAGUCCUCAGCCUGCGACACAGACUCGUUUCACCGGUGCAAACCAGCGAGGAAACUGGAAAUCAGAGGGGCUGUGAGAUAGAGACAGAGAGAAAGCUCUGCCUUCCUUUGGUUCAUGGAAGCACCAUCCUCCACUGCCUCCUCAGUCCACUGCAGAGAGCUGGACCAGAAGAGGUGCAACUGGGACCAGAACCCGGCGCCUAUAUGGGAUGCCAGCGCCGCAGGCGGAGGAUUAACCAAGCCUGGAAGGAUGCCGGGCUGCCGCUCUCCACCCCAAGCAACGAAGCCUGCAAGCUGUUCCGUGCUGACACAGCCAUGGGCCACAACAUCUCUGCCAGCCUCAGGCUGAUUGGCACCGGAAGCUCCAGGCAGCUGGACAAAGAGCUGGACCUGGCCGUGAAGACCAUGGUGGACGUGUCGAAAGCGCAGGCCCUGACCCAGCGGGAGCAGCUGCACGUGUCUGCCGUGGAGACAUUUGCCAAUGGCUAUGUGAAAGGCAUCUAUUCUUCUGGACUGAUGGAAACCAACAUCAACGAUCAGGCAGAAAAGCUUGCCAAAGAGGCUCUAUCACCCCGACGGAUGCGUGGUCAGUGCACACCAUGGCCCACAUCCACGAGAUGAGAGCAGAGGUGCAGCAGGGUCUGGAGUUCAUGCAGCACUCAGAGGCGCACUGGAAGGAGUGUCCGUGGGCCGGCGCUGGCAGGAUGUCCUGCCUGUAACGAAGAAG